CGUUUAUAAAGGCCGCUCCCUAAAAGUUUUCAGAAGGACUCACACACUGUUCACUGUCACACACUCAGAACGACUGACACCAACAUGUAUUGGGCUGAAGACGACUUCGAUCCGCCUCCUGGCACCUUUCGGCUCGACCUCUCUCAGCCGGUCAAUGGUCAAACCUACGUCAUGUACCACGGGACCACCAAGGCGUGCGCCACAGCCAUCCAGAAGUCGGGUUUCCGACAGUCCUCGGGGGGGAUGCUCGGCCGUGGUGUCUACCUCAGCAGAGACCUGAAGAAAGCUAGCCGUUAUCCCCUUGAUUGCGAUGAGUGUGACAGGGUCGUCAUUAAGGUCCUGGUACAGGUUGGAAAAGUGAUCGCCAUCAAUCACCAGAAUCACCAGCUUCAGAAGACCUGGCACGACCACGGGUAUGACACCGCCUGGGUGCCCCCCCACUGUGGGAUGGUGAAGAGUGGCCUGGAGGAGGAUUGUGUCUGGGAUCCGGCUCGAAUCCAGAUCCUUCAAAUCAUCAAACCGACUAGAACACCUAAGCACAGCCAGAUGUCACCAGAUGAUCCGGUCAAUGAGCGAACCUACGUCAUGUACCACGGGACCACCAAGGCGUGUGCCACAGCCAUCCAGAUGUACGGUUUCCGACAGUCCUCGGGGGGGAUGCUCGGCCGCGGUGUCUACCUCAGCAGAGACCUGAAGAAAGCUAGCCGUUAUCCCAUUGAUCACCCUGAGUACGACAGAGCUGUCAUUAAGGUCAAGGUACGGGUUGGAAAAGUGAUCGCCAUCAAUCGCCAGAAUCACCCGCUUCGGGAGACCUGGCACAACCACGGGUAUGACACCGCCUGGGUGCCCCCCCACUGUGGGAUGGUGAAGAGUGGCCUGGAGGAGGAUUGUGUCUGGGAUCCGGCUCGAAUCCAGAUCCUUCAAAUCAUCAAACCGACUUGAACAUCUGAGCAGAGCUAGAUGUUAGCAGUUUAUUUUUAGCUUAUUUUAUAUAUUGGAUAAAAAAUAUUUUCAUACAAUUAUCAAAUCUGCUAAAUAAACCUGAGAAGUUGAAAA